GCUGCAAUCUUGGCCUCUUCUAGUUGCCGUAGGAGGGGUUGGUCUGGGUAUUUUCCCGCCAAUUCAAACCCUUGGGAUGGAGUAUAGGGUACGGGCGGUUGUGUGAGUCAGGAAGAGAGGUGAAAAUACUGGCGCGCUCCCUUUUAAGUUUCUUCAGUCGCAGCUCAGCAAGCCAAUCCCAGAACCAUGUGGAAUGAGAUUGAACUGCUAACAAGUGAUGAUACUGGAAGUGGAUAUCUCAGUGUCAGUUCAAGAAAAGAAACUGCUUUGUAUCAAGUAGAUUUGCUUGUGAAGAUCUCCUCUGAAAAGGCCUCAUUAAAUCCAAAGAUACAAGCAUGCAGCUUAAGUGAUGGGUUUAUAAUUGUGGCAGACCAGUCAGUGAUACUGCUUGACAGCAUUUGUAAAUCGCUUCAGUUGCAUCUUAUAUUUGAUUCUGAAGUGGACGUAGUUGGCCUGUGUCAAGAAGGAAAGUUUCUUUGGGUUGGGGAAAGAAGUGGCAACUUGCAUCUUAUUCAUGUAACAUCAAAGCAAACAUUAUUCACCAAUGCUUUUGUUGCUAAAACUAAUGAUGAAAAUCAGCGUACUUACCAGAAUCUUGUAAUUGAGAAAGAUGGCUCAAAAGAAGGUGCUUAUUACAUGUUGCUGCUUACAAACAAGGGAUUUUUUUACAUUACAAACCUUCAGCUUGUAAAAAUUCAACAAGCAAUUGAGAAUGUAGACUUGGAUACAGCCAAAAAGUUACAAGGACAAAUCAAAUCCAGUUUUAUUUCUACCGAGAAUUAUCAUAGUCUUGGUUGUCUUAAUCUCCUGGCUGGAGAUUUAGCAACUGAAACUCCUGUGAUAAUUGGGGGAACUGGUAAUUGUGCAUUUUCAAAAUGGGAACCAGAUUCUACCAAGAAAGUCAUGACAGUUAAGAACAUUAUUGAUACAGAGAUUAUUAAAGGUGCAAAGAAAUUCCAGCUGAUAGACAAUCUACUUUUUGUGCUUGAUAUUGAUAAUGUUCUGAGUUUAUGGGACAUUUAUACCCUCGCUCCCAUAUGGAACUGGCCCUCUCUUCACAUAGAGGAAUUUCUUCUUACCACGGAAGCAGACUCUCCUGCAUCAGUUACCUGGCAAGGGAUUACAAACCUCAAAUUAGUAGCUCUGACAACUACUACUAAUCAAAAGAUGAAAAACCUCAUGAUUUAUUCAUUGCCUACAAUGGAAAUAUUGUAUUCUUUGGAAGUAUCUAGUAUUUCUUCUCUGGUUCAAACAGGAAUUAGCACAGAUACUAUAUACCUUUUGGAAGGAAUUGGCAAAAAUGAUCAAAACCUGCCUGAAGACUCUGUCUCUGUUCUAGUACUCAGGUAUCUUACAGAAGCUUUACCAGAAAACAGAUUGAGCCGUUUACUUCACAAACACAGAUUUGCUGAAGCUGAGAGCUUUGCCAUUCAGUUUGGACUAGAUGUUGAGCUUGUUUACAAGGUAAAAUCAAAUGAUAUACUGGAGAAACUGGCUUUGAUUUCUGUGGACACCAGUGAGCAGACCAAAUGGCAGCAACUUGUGGAUGAAGCUAAGGAAAAUCUACAUAAAAUCCAGGAUGAUGAAUUUGUGGUGAAUUACUGCUUGAAGGCCCAAUGGAUAACCUAUGGAACUACUCAGGAAAUGCUCAACUAUGCCAAAACCAGGCUUUUGAAGAAAGAAGAUAAAACCGUUACUGCCUGUUCUGAUGGCUUGAUAGAGGUUCUAAGGGCUCAUGCGAAAUUGACUACUUUUUAUGGAGCAUUUGGACCAGAAAAAUUCAGUGGUAGUUCUUGGAUUGAGUUCCUGAAUAAUGAAGACGAUCUUAAAGAUGUUUUUUUACAGCUAAGAGAAGGAAACCUUGUUUGUGCACAGUAUCUUUGGCUUAGACAUCGGGCAAACUUUGAAAGCAGGUUUGAUGUGAAGAUGCUUGAAAACUUGCUCAACUCAAUUUCUCUACCAGUCUCUUUGCAAAACCUCUGUCUGUGGCUUAGAAAUGAUGUCAUCCCAUUUGUGAGAAAGACUGUACCUGAAGGACAGGUAAGUCUCCUCCAGUAUUUCUAUUCUUCCUGCCAGGAACCUUGAUUGACAGAUAAGGUAAACUGGCCAGAAAAUGGGCCUCAGCUGGCAGAAGUAUUUUUCACAGCAGAAAAACCAGAUGAUCUGGGUUUGUCAUCCUCUUCUUGGAUUUCUUUGAAAGAUUAUCAAAACACAGAGGAAGUAUGUCAGUUACAGACUUUGAUAAACAACUUGCGAGAGCUAAUCACAUUGCAUAGGAAAUACAACUGCAAAUUGGCCCUCUCUGAGUAUGAGAAGGUAAAAUACCACCAUAACGUGUUCCGAAUGUUUGACCGAGUGCUGGCCCCAGAAUUAAUUCCCUCAGUCUUAGAGAAGUCCAUAAGGUUUCCAUGAGGGAAACAUGACUUGCAAGAGGGACUUUCUCUACUUUACAUAGAGGAUUUACUAAGGAGAUGUAGCUCAAAGUCGACAUCGCUCUUUGACACAGCAUGGGAAGCCAAGGCCAUGGCUGUAAUUGGAUGCUUGUCUGACAUAGAUCUCAUAUUUGAUGCCGUGCUCAAGAUAAUGUACAAGGCAGUGGUUCCCUGGAGUGCAGCCGUGAGCAGCUGGUGAAACAGCAAUCUGGAAAUGGACCAUCCAAUCAAGCUAUUACAGGAAAGUUACAAACUAAUGGAGAUGAAAAGUUUUACGACUAAUGGGAUAAGAGAAGUGAAUCUUUUAAAUAAUGAAAUUCAGAGAGUGGUCAGAUACAUCCUCAAGCAAGAUGUCCCGGCUUCCUUAGAAGAUGCUUUAAAGGUGGCCCAAGGGUAUAGGUUGUCUGAUGAUGAAGUCUACAGCCUAAGAAUUAUUGAUCUCAUUGAUAGAGAACAGGGGGAAGACUGUCUUCUGCUGUUGAGGUCUCUGCCUCCUGCUGAAGCUGAGAAAACUGCAGAAAGAGUAAUCAUCUGGGCUCGACUGGCAUUGCAGGAAGAGCCAGACAGUUCUAAAGAGGACAAGUCCUGGAGAAUGUCUGUGGCAAAGACAUCAGUGGAUAUUCUUAAAAUUCUUUGUGACAUUCAGAAAGAUAAUCUACGGAAGAAGGACGAAUGUGGAGAAAUCUUGAAACUAUUUAAAGUGGUGGCUGCUUUACAGGAGAACUUUGAGGUCUUUCUCUCAUUUGAAGAUUACAGCAACAGUGCCCUGGUUGCAGAUCUCCGAGAGCAACAUAUUAAAGCUCACGAAGAAGCACAGGCUAAGCACAAACCCAUGAGUACCCCAGGGCCCGCUGCUACCAAGGGGACUGGGCUGAGCACCAGAUCAAAGCUGCACAGACAGGCGCUGGCCCUGCAGGUGUCUACACAAGAGCUGGAGGCAGAGCUGGCCUUGAGAGCCUUAAGAGAUGGGAAAGUGGGAGCAGCGCUGAACAAAUGCAGGGACUUGUUUAAGUAUCAUUGCAAUGCCGACACAGGGAAACUGCUCUUCCUGAUGUGUCAGAAGCUUUGUCAGAUGUUGGCACAUGACGUCCCAAUGACAGCACCUGUGGGACUGAAUCUUCCUUCUGAGAUUCAUGAGCUUGCAUGCCGAGCUGCCACCAUUUGCAGUCCAGGUUUUUUACUGGACGCUUUAGAGCUGUGUAAAUACACUUUAGCUGCCGUGGAGCUUUCCAGACAGUGCCAGAUGGACGAGUGCGGAAUGCUAAUGAAAACUUCUUUCGGAACUCAUAAGGAUCCCUAUGAAGAGUGGUCUUACAGUGACUUCUUCAAUGAAGAUGGAAUUGUUCUUGAGUCCCAGGUGGUGCUACCACUCAUUUAUGAGUUCAUUUCAUCCAUGGUACCUCUCACAGAAAGCAAAAGACAUCCUUUGGAUUCUACAAGUUUGCCAUACUGCUCCAUUAGUGAAGGCGACAACCUCAUCUUACCCAUUAUCAAUUCCAUCUCGGCCCUUCUUCAGAACCUUCAGGAAUCUAGCCAGUGGGAGCUGGCCCUAAGAUUUGUGGUUGGCUCCUUUGGUACCUGUCUCCAGCACUCUGUGUCAAACUUCAUGAAUGCCAGUUUGAGUGAAAAGUUACUUGGAGAGGCCACAUUAGUAAAUUUAAGGAAUGUUGUUAUGGAAUUGAAAGAAAAAUCCAUCAUGUUUAUCAGAGGAAAUGCCACAACACUACUGCACAAAGUAUUCAAUUGUCGCCAUGUGGAUCUCGACCUGGCCUUGGGUUACUGCACUCUCUUACCUCAAAAAGACGUGUUUGAGAGCCUCUGGAAGCUCAUAGAUAAAGCAUGGCAGAAUUACGACAAAAUUCUGGCACUGUCUUUGGUGGGCUCCCAGCUGGCCAGUCUCUAUCAGGAGAUUGAAAUAGGGCUGCAGUUCCAUGAAGUCAGUACCGAUGCCCAGUGGGGUGUCCGUCUUGGUAAACUUGGUAUUUCUUUUCAGCCAGCUUUCAGGCAAAACUUUCUCACCAAGAAAGAAUUCACUAAAGCUCUCGUAGAGAACAUAGAUAUGGACACAAGCCUCAUUUUGGAAUAUUGCAGCACAUUUCAGUUGGACUGUGAUGCAGCUCUUCAGCUAUUCAUUGAAACACUGCUCCACAACACUAAUGCCAGCCAGAGCCAGGGAGAUGCAGCUCUGGUGUCUGCAAAACAGCAGCAUUCCAAACUCCUGGCCAAAGCCCUCGAGAUGGUUCCCUUACUGACAAGCACAAAAGAUUUGGUCAUCAGUCUUAGUGGAAUACUGCGGAAGUUGGAUCCCUAUGAUUAUGAAAUGAUUGAAGUUGUCCUGAAAGUUAUAGAAAGAGCUGAUGAAAAGAUAACCAACAUUAAUAUCAGUCAGGCGCUGAGCCUUCUGAAGCAUUUGGAGUCAUAUAGGAGAAUUUCUCCUCCUGUGGACCUAGAGUACCAGUACAUGCUAGAGCACGUAAUAACCCUGCCAUCAGCCGCCCAGGCUAGGCUGCCUUUUCACCUCAUAUUAUUUGGCACAGCACAGAACUUCUGGAAAAUUCUCUCUUCAGAGCUCAGUGAGAAGUCACUCCCGACGCUGCUCUUAAUCUCUAAAUUAAUGAAGUUCUCCCUAGACACGCUCUACGUGUCAACAGCCAAGCAUGUUUUUGAAAAAAGCCUGAAGCCGAAGCUCCUGAAAUUAGCACAAGCCAAGUCCUCAGCACCGAUGAACAAGGAAAUAGCUAAGCUUACUCAGACCAUUGAGUCCUACCUGCUGUCUAUAGUCAACCCAGAAUGGGCUGUUGCUAUCGCCAUCAGCCUCACCCAGGAAAUCCCAGAAGGCUCUUUCAAGAUGUCUACUUUGAAGUUCUGCCUGUAUUUAGCUGAGAGAUGGCUGGAGAACAUCCCGCCCCAGGAUGAAACACGUGACAAAGCCCAAGCUUUGUUGAAGAAGCUUCACCUCCAGUUCCGGCGCUCUGGCACAGAAGCUGUGCUUAUAGACCACAAGUUGAACACUCCAGAACAUCUAAGAGUGAUAGGAAAGCCAGCACACCUCAUCGUCAGCCUCUAUGAGCAUCCCACCAUCAACGAAAGGAUGCAGAAUUCAUCUGGCAAAGACUAUCCUGAUAUUCAUGCAGCAGCUAAAGAAAUAGCUGAAGUCAAUGAAAUUAAUUUGGAAAAAAUCUGGGACAUGUUGUUGGAAAAAUGGCUGUGCCCCUCGACAGCACCUGGUGAGAAACCAUCAGAAUUAUUUGAGCUUCAAGAAGACGAAACACUACGAAGAGUUGUGUAUCUUCUCCAAUCUCGACCGACUGAUUAUAGUUCAAGAAUGCUGUUUGUAUUUGCAACAUCAGCUACAAGUACCUUGGGCAUACGCCAGUUAACUUUUGCCCACAAAACACGAGCUCUGCAGUGCCUCCUGUAUUUGGCUGAUAAGGAAACUAUAGAAUCUCUCUUCAAAAAACCCAUUGCGGAAGUGAAAUCCUAUUUAACAUGUAUAACUUUUCUGGCAUCAUUUGAGACGCUGAAUAUCCCCAUCACAUACGAAUUAUUUUGCAACAGUCCUAAAGAAGGAAUGAUUAAGGGCCUGUGGAAAAACCACAGCCAUGAGCCUAUGGUGGUAAAAUUGGUGGCAGAGCUUUGUUUGGAAUACAAAAUCUAUGACCUGCAGCUUUGGAAUGGACUCCUGCAGAAGCUUCUUGGCUUCAACAUGAUUUCUUAUCUAAGGAAAGUUUUAACAGCUAUUUCUAGUAUCCAUUCCUUAUGGCAGGCUCCCUACUUCAGCAGAGCUUGGCAACAUGUGAUACAGAUCCCUCUGCUCUCAGCCUCUUGUCCUUUACAACCCAGUCAGUUAUCAGAUUGUUGUGAGAGUCUCGUUGCAGUCCUUGAAUGUCCAGUUUCAGAUGAUCUCGACAUGAUGGGAGUUGCGAGGCAGUAUGUCCAGUUAGAACUUCCAGCUUUUGCACUGGCUUGCCUAAUGCUCAUGCCCCACUCAGAAAAAAGGCACCAGCAAAUCAAGAAUUUUCUAGGUUCAUGCAAUCCUCAGAUCAUUUUACAACAAUUAGAAGAAUAUAUGAACACUGGCCAGUUAGCAGGAUUUUCACAUCAAAUCAGAAGUGUGAUUCUGAAUAAUAUCAUAAAUAAGAAGGAGUUUGGGACUUUGGUGAAGACAAAAUACUUUCAAGUGUUGAAAUCACAUAUGAUGAAUGCCAACAGCAUCACUGAACUGGUAAACUACUUAGCGAAUGACUUAAGUUUAGAUGAAGCCUCAGCCUUGAUAACUGAGUAUUCAAAACACUGUGGGAAGCCUGUGCCACCAGGUGCAGCUCCCUGCGAAAUCCUGAAGAUGUUUCUUAAUGGAUCAUAGUAAAUCAUCAAACCAUUUUUCAAAACAAGAAGAGGAAGCUUGGAGGCUGCUACUAAGUGACCAUAUUUAUUACAGUCUUUAAAUUGUGCAAUCUGUGUCUUAGC